UUUUUUAAAAUUUUUGACAUAAAUAAGUAUCUUACAAAUGCAAUUUCUGAUCUAUAAAGUUGCGAAAGUCACAAAGAAUUCGCUUCAGUGGAUUAAAUGAUAUCGCGGGUUCAGUCACACAACAAAAAAAAAAACACAUCGUUGUGAAACCAAUGUCUUCUCAAUUCCGGGUAGAAGUUAAUAAAUAAAUAGUGACUAAAUUUAAUACAUACAGCUAAUUGUUUACUAUUAUUUUCGCAGAUAAAAAAUGAAACUUUUGGGUAUUUUAAUAUCAUUUGCAUUGGUUGGACAUGUUUUGGCCACCAAAUACGAUAAAUAUGUCCAGGAGGUUCUCAUAACCAACAAACAAAUCAAGCGUGCAAAAAAUUUCAUGCCAAGAAUAAUUAAAAAUUUAGUCGAGAACGUUGAUAAAUAUCAAAUGGAGGCAAUAGCUUUUAUGGUGGGAGUGCCAGAGAAUAUUGAUUGUGCGUUGCAAGCACCAGAUAAUGAAUCCUGUUCUGAUGAUGAUAGUAUUGAUGAUUAUUCGAAAGAAGCAGGCUUUAGUCAAAAUAAUAUUCCAGAUCUAAAUAUUUAUCCGUCUACUGAUUCCGAAGAAGAUAGUGAUAAUCCAGAUUCUAAACAUAAAAUCAUUAUACAUUUCGAAGUUAAGUUAAAGUACCAGAAAAUGAUGCAAUCAGCAAUAAGCGCUGGGACAGAUCCAAAUCAAAUUGAAAGUCUAGAUCUAAAUCAUCCGCCUAAUGAUCCCGAAAAAGGACGUGUCGAAGCACCUAAAGUAAAAUUAGAAAAUUUAGCCAGUCUUUUAGAAGAGAGAAGACAACAUACUUCAGCAGCUCAGAGAAAUAAAAUCAUUCAUGCGCAAUCAGUCCUGACUUUUUUGGGAAGUGAAAGAAGAAAAUUGACUUUAGAAGCUAUAACAUCAUUAAUUCGUCAAAACGAUCCACUUUUUAAGAAUUUGAAAAUGAUGUGUCGUUUAGUAGGAGCAUUCCAUACUAUUAAAGAUCCACAAGCAUACAUCCACUAUGCUGAUGUUGACGGACAUUUUUGCGUUAUAAUUGAUAUAAUGUACAUUGAAGCUCACGUAUAUAAGUUCUUUGGUGGUGUAUUUUGGAAAGUAGAACCUGAUCGUUUCAAUCCUGCUCAACUUUGGACAUUUUUAUCUGAAUUAUAAUUUUAACUUAUUUUAUAGUGAUAUUGUUGUUUUGUUUAAACAAUAUUUUCAUACCACACU